GGCUCUCACGCCGCCCCCUCCUCCCGGGCUUCCCUCCCACCCUCCUCUCGCUCGCUCGCAGCCGCUCUCUUCCCCGCCCCUCACCGCAGCCUGCAGCCGCGCUCACCGCCGCGGUCCGCCCAACCGGCCCGGCGCCCCGGGACCCGUUAGUGCCCGGCCCGAGGGCCGACGCGCGACCCCGGCCGGUCGCGAGUCCGACCCCGCCCCUCCUGACAUUUGACCCAGCCCAGCCCCAACGCCCAGUGCGGCCGCCCCGGGAGCCGCGGGAGAGGCAGCGGCGGCGGGGAGGCGGGAUAGAAGGGCCGAGCCGGCGGCCGGGGAGGCCCGGUUUUGAAGCCGCUUCUCUGCCGGAGUUAGGUCUUGCCCAGCCUUAUUCCUUAUCUGUGUACUUUGCGAAUAAGUUUAGAGCAUCGGUUAACAGCCUGUGGGUGAAAUUUGCUUUUCAUUCAUGAAUGAGGAAUUAUCCUUGACAGAAACAUUUUAAAAGAAAAAAUUUUUACAAUGGCUUCAGCAGUACUUAGUUCUGUUCCCACUACUGCUUCUCGUUUUGCCUUGUUACAAGUGGAUAGUGGCAGUGGUUCUGAUUCUGAACCUGGAAAAGGCAAAGGUCGGAAUGCUGGAAAGUCUCAAACUUUGGGAAGCAAAUCAACUACAAAUGAGAAGAAAAGAGAAAAAAGACGAAAAAAGAAGGAACAGCAACAGAGUGAAGCAAAUGAGCUCAGGAAUCUUGCUUUUAAGAAAAUUCCCCAGAAAUCCUCUCAUGCCAUUUGUAAUGUUCAACAUGAGCUCUCAUUGUCAAACCCAGUACCGAAGGAUUCACGAGAAGAAAACUGGCAAGAAUGGAGACAAAGAGAUGAGCAGCUGACAUCUGAAAUGUUUGAAGCAGAUCUUGAGAAGGCACUGUUGCUAAGUAAAUUAGAAUAUGAAGAGCACAAAAAGGAGUAUGAAAAUGCUGAAAAUGCUUCAACUCAGUCAAAAGUUAUGAAUAAAAAAGAUAAAAGAAAGAAUCAUCAGGGAAAAGACAAACCUCUCACAGUAUCGCUAAAAGAUUUUCAAUCUGAAGAUCACAUUAGUAAAAAGACUGAGGAAUUGAGUUCUCAGACUUUAUCUCAUGAUGGAGGAUUCUUCAAUAGACUGGAAGAUGAUGUUCAUAAAAUUCUUAUUAGAGAAAAAAGAAGAGAACAGCUUACAGAAUAUAAUGGAACAGAUAAUUGUACAGCUCAUGAACACAACCAGGAAGUGGUUCUGAAAGAUGGAAGAAUUGAAAGACUAAAGUUGGAACUGGAAAGGAAGGAUGCUGAAAUCCAGAAGCUAAAAAAUGUCAUCACUCAAUGGGAGGCAAAGUAUAAAGAAGUAAAGGCAAGAAAUGCACAGUUACUGAAAAUGCUUCAGGAAGGUGAAAUGAAAGAUAAAGCAGAAAUACUUCUGCAAGUGGAUGAAUCACAGAGUAUCAAGAAUGAGCUAACUAUACAGGUGACUUCACUUCAUGCUGCAUUAGAACAAGAAAGAUCUAAAGUAAAAGUAUUACAAGCAGAAUUAGCCAAAUACCAGGGUGGCAGAAAAGGGAAAAGAAAUUCUGAAUCUGACCAGUGUAGGUGAUUACAUAAGCCUUUGAAGUCAACACAAAAAUUAAAACUUUUAGGAUUUUGCAAAAAUGUAUAUAUUUAAUGUUGUGCAACUGCUAAACUAUGCAGUUUUUGUUGAAGGAACUAAAAGCAACUAGCUCACUAGCAUUCUAUAAUUUUAUGUUCUUUUGGCUUAAAGUGAAAAGAAGAAAUACAGAAUUUCAGCAGACUUGGCGAUUAUUGUUUACUAUCCAUACUUCUUAUCACCUUAGUUUUUCAUCAGUCAAUAAAAUUAAUUUACUCUUCCACUAA